GGGUUGCUAGCGAGCAGAAAACUUGCCAGAGCGAGAGGGGCAUCAGUUAAACCCAAGGAGUGUGCAUUGCACUUCACGGGGCACCCGGACGCUUGAAAACUCCAGCAGACUCUCCCGGAAAGGACAUCAUGCCUCCCAAAUCUUUCCCCAACCUCUCCCUGUUCAUCGGAGCCAAUCAGAGCGAUUUCGUUCCCGAAGUGUCAGAAAAAGAUUUCCUGCCGGGCUCCGACGGGACCACCGCGGAGUUGGUGGUCCGCUGUGUGAUUCCGUCCCUCUACCUGCUCAUCAUCUCGGUGGGCUUGCUGGGCAACAUCAUGCUGGUGAAGAUCUUCGUCACCAACAGCGCCAUGAGGAGCGUCCCCAACAUCUUCAUCUCUAACUUGGCGGCGGGGGAUUUGCUGCUUCUGCUCACCUGCGUCCCGGUGGACGCCUCGCGCUACUUCUUUGAUGAGUGGAUGUUUGGCAAGGUGGGCUGCAAACUGAUCCCGGCCAUCCAGCUCACCUCCGUGGGGGUUUCUGUGUUCACGCUCACUGCCCUCAGCGCAGACAGGUACAGAGCCAUAGUAAACCCCAUGGACGUGCAGGCAUCGGGGGCUUUGCUGUGGACCUGUGUGAAGGCCGUGGGCAUCUGGGUGAUCUCCGUGUUGUUGGCAGUUCCUGAAGCUGUAUUUUCAGAAGUGGCACGCAUUGGCAGCUUGGAUAAUAGCAGCUUUGCAGCAUGUAUACCUUACCCUCAGACAGAUGAAUUACAUCCAAAGAUUCAUUCGGUGCUCAUAUUUUUGGUCUAUUUCCUCAUACCACUUACUAUUAUUAGCAUUUAUUAUUACCACAUUGCAAAAACUUUAAUUAAAAGUGCACAUAAUCUUCCUGGAGAGUACAACGAGCAUACGAAAAAGCAGAUGGAAACACGGAAACGCCUGGCUAAAAUUGUGCUGGUCUUUGUGGGAUGCUUUGUCUUCUGUUGGUUUCCAAAUCACAUUCUCUACCUGUACCGGUCUUUCAACUAUAAGGAGAUUGACCCAUCUCUAGGUCACAUGAUUGUCACCUUAGUUGCCCGAGUGCUGAGUUUUUGUAAUUCCUGUGUCAAUCCAUUUGCGCUUUAUCUCCUCAGUGAAAGCUUCAGGAAGCAUUUUAAUAGCCAGCUGUGUUGUGGGAGGAAGUCCUAUCCAGAGAGAAACACCAGCUACCUCCUUAGCUCUUCAGCUGUACGUAUGACAUCUCUGAAAAGCAAUGCAAAGAACGUGGUGACCAAUUCUGCGCUACUAAAUGGGCACAGUGUGAAACAGGAAAUGGCACUGUGAUUAUGGCCAUUCAACUCACUUCUUCAGAAGAAUUUUCUAA